AUGGGAAAUAGAAAAGAUCAAUCAUUAGAAGUAGAAAUGACUGAAACAUAUCAAUUCCAAGCAGAAAUUAAUCAAUUAUUGUCAUUGAUUAUUAAUGCAUUUUAUUCAAAUAAAGAUAUUUUCUUAAGAGAAUUAAUUUCAAAUUGUUCAGAUGCACUUGAUAAAAUUAGAUAUCAAUCACUUCAAGAUAAAAGUGUUCUUGAAGCUGAACCCGAAUUAGUUAUUAGAAUUACAGCAGAUAAAGAUAAUAAACAAUUAAUUAUUGAAGAUACAGGUAUUGGAAUGACAAAAGCUGAUUUAAUUAAUUGUCUUGGUACUAUUGCAAGAUCAGGAACAAAGACAUUCAUGUCAAAGAUUAUUGAAGGAACAGCUGAUGUUUCUAUGAUUGGACAAUUUGGAGUUGGAUUUUAUUCAUCAUAUCUUGUUGCAGAGAAAGUAACUGUUAUUACAAAAAAUAAUGAUGAUGAACAAUAUAUUUGGGAAUCAUCAGCAGGAGGAGAAUAUACAAUUACACUUGAUGAAAGUGGAGAAAGAUUAAAGAGAGGAACAAAGAUUAUUUUAAAACUUAAAGAAGAUAUGCAAGAAUAUCUUGAAACAAAGAAGAUUCAAGAAAUUAUUAAGAAACAUUCAGAAUUUAUUCAAUAUCCAAUUAUGUUAUAUGUUACAAAAGAAACUGAAGAAGAAGUAACAGAUGAUGAAGCUGAAGAAAAGAAAGAAGAAGAAACAAAAGAAGAAGAUAAGAAGGAAGAAGAUGUUAAAAUUGAAGAUGAUAAGAAAGAAGAAGAAAAACCAGCAAAGAAAACAAAGAAAGUAAAAAAAGUUACACAUGAAUGGGAACAAGUUAAUAAACAAAAACCAAUUUGGACAAGAAAUCCAAGUGAAAUUACAAAAGAAGAAUAUGCAUCAUUCUAUAAAACUAUUUCUAAUGAUUGGGAAGAUCAUCUUGCAGUUAAACAUUUUUCAGUUGAAGGACAAAUUGAAUUUACAGCAUUAUUAUUUGUUCCACAAAGAGCACCAUUUGAUAUGUUUGAAACUAAGAAGAAACCAAAUAACAUUAAAUUAUAUGUAAGAAGAGUCUUUAUUAUGGAUGAUUGUAGAGAAUUAAUUCCUGAAUGGUUAGGAUUUAUUAAAGGAGUAGUUGAUUCAGAAGAUCUUCCAUUGAAUGUAUCAAGAGAAAUGUUACAACAAAAUAAGAUUCUUAAAGUUAUUAGAAAGAAUCUUGUAAAGAAAUGUCUUGAAUUGUUUGUAGAAAUAUCAGAAAAUAAAGAAGAUUUCAAAAAAUUCUAUGAAGCAUUUGGAAAGAAUCUUAAAUUAGGUAUUCAUGAAGAUUCAACAAAUAGAGAUAAAAUUGCAGAAUUACUUAGAUUCUAUUCAUCAAAGAGUGGAGAAGAUAUGACAUCAUUCAAAGACUAUAUUGCAAGAAUGAAAGAAAAUCAAAAAGAAAUAUACUUCAUUACAGGAGAAAGUAAGAAAGCUGUUGAAACAUCACCAUUUGUUGAAGGAUUUGUUAAGAAAGGAAUUGAAGUACUUUACAUGACAGAUCCAAUUGAUGAAUAUGCUAUGCAACAACUUAAAGAAUUUGAUGGAAAGAAACUUGUUUGUAUUACUAAGGAUGGAAUUAAAGUAGAAGAAACUGAAGAAGAAAAGAAAGAACAAGAAGCUAAAGAAAAAGAUAAUGAAGAAUUAAGCAAAGUAGUUAAAGAAAUUCUUGGAGAUAAGAUUGAAAAAGUAGUAAUUUCUAAUAGAUUAGUUAAUUCCCCAUGUGCACUUGUUACAGGAGAAUAUGGAUGGAGUGCUAAUAUGGAAAGAAUUAUGAAAGCACAAGCAUUAAGAGAUAAUUCUAUGAGCACAUACAUGGUUUCUAAGAAAACACUUGAAAUUAAUCCAGAUCAUCCAAUUGUUCAAGAAUUAAGAAAGAGAGUCCAUACUGAUAAUAGUGAUAAAACCGUUAAGGAUCUUGUUGUAUUAUUAUUUGAAACAGCAUUAUUAUCAUCAGGAUUUUCAUUAGAUGAACCAGCUGCAUUUGCUGGUAGAAUUUAUAGAAUGGUUAAACUUGGAUUGUCUCUUGAUGACAAAGAAGAAGAACAAGCAACUGAAGCAGUUCCAGCUGUUGAAGAAACACCAAUUGAAGAUUCAAAGAUGGAAGAAGUUGAUUAA